AUGUCGGACACCGAGGAAAUAGUGGAGGAGUACGAGCAGGAGGAAGACGAGGAAGAAGAAGAAGAAGAAGAAGUUGAAGAAGUUGAAGAAGUUGAAGAAGUUGAAGAGGAGCAAGAGGAGGAUGAAGUAGAGAAGACGGAAAGGCCCGCAGAGGAGAGUGAGCACGAGGAGGACUCCAAGUGGCGGCCCAAGGCGACUUAUGUGCCCAACAUCGCUCCUCCGAAGCUCCCCGAUGGCGAGAAGGUGGAUUUUGACGACCUGCAUCGCAAGAGGCUGGAGAAGGACUUCAACGACCUCCAGACGUUGAUCGAGUCGCACUUCUCCACGCGCCAGAAGGAGGAGGAAGAGCUGAUCGCGCUGCGCAACCGCAUCGAGCGCCGCCGCUCCGACCGCUCGGAGCAGCAACGCGUGCGCUCCGAGCAGGACCGAGAGCGGCAAGCGCGUCUGGCCGAGGAGAGGGCGCGGCGCGAGGACGAAGCGGCGAGGCUGCGCGCGGACGAGGAGGCGAAGAAGAAGAACAUCUUCACCAACAAGUCAUUCGGCGGAUACCUGCAGAAGGUGGACCAGAAGAAGGGCAAGAAGCUGACCGCGCGGGAGGAGAAGAAGAAGGCGCUGAUGGACAGGCGGAAGCCGCUCAACAUCGACCACCUGAACCAGGAGAAGCUCGCGGAGAAGGCGCGAGACCUUUGGGAGUGGCUCCACCAGCUGCACGCGGAUAAGUUCGAGCUGGCCGAGAAGCUCAAGAGGCAGAAGUACGACAUCUACUUGCUGCGGAACCGGGUCAGCGACCACCAGAGGGGCUCCAAAGCGUCCAAGACCUCCCGCGUGGCCAAGGGCAAGUCCGGCUCCUGGAAGUGA